AUGGUUCAAGCCCUUCGUCCUAAAAGAAACGAGAGAGCAAAGUGCAAGCUUCCACCGGGCCCUACUCCGUUGCCGAUCAUCGGAAACAUCCUCCAACUCGGCGAACAGCCACACAAGUCCUUGGCCACACUCGCUGCGAUUCAUGGCCCCAUCAUGAGCUUAAAACUCGGCCUAAUGACCACCAUUAUCGUCUCUUCCGCAGAAAUCGCCAAACAAGUCUUGCAAACCCAUGAUCACCUCUUGUCUAACCGUACCAUUCCCCAUGCUAUAACGGGUCAAAACCACCACGAGUUCAGUCUGCCUUUCAUGCCCACCACACCUCGUUGGCGAUUCCUGAGGAAAAUAUGCAACAAUCUCUUAUUCUCCAGUAAGAUUCUCGACACCACUCAGAAACGAAGGAGCUGGAAAGUGCAGGAGUUGCUCACUCGUAUCCAUCAGAGCAGCCUAACUGGUGAAGCAAUAGAGAUAGGAAGAUCUACUUUCAUGACUGUAGUCAAUAUGUUGUCGAACUCCGUUUGUUCUCUGGAUUUGGUUCACGCUGACACAGUGAACGAGUUCAAAGAGUUAGAGUCGGAUGUCAUGAAAGAGGUUGGAAGACCAAACGUGGCAGAUUACUUUCCUAUUCUAAAGAUGGUGGAUCCACUGGGCAUCAAAAGGCGCAUGCAUGUUUACUUCGGGAAGGUGUUGAAGAUAAUUCAUGACCUGGUUGACCAUAGGUUACAGUUGAGACAAGAAACAAGUAAUGUCACUGACAACGACAUGUUGGACGGCCUCCUCCGUAUUUCUGAAGAUGACACCCGCCAACUGAACACAACCAUGAUCGAACGUUUGUUAAUGGAUCUAUUUCUCGCAGGAUCAGAUACAACUACAUCUACAUUAGAAUGGGCAAUGACCGAGUUAAUAAGAAACCCGGAAGCCAUGUCAAAGGCAAAAGCAGAGCUAGAGCUUACAGUAGGCAAAGGAAACCCGGUAGAAGAAAAUGACAUGGAUAGACUCCCAUACUUGCUAGCAGUAUUAAAGGAGACCUUUCGUUUACACCCUGUAGUUCCACUUUUACUCCCUCGGAGAGCAGAGGAAGACGUAGAGCUAUGCGGAUACGUUAUCCCGAAGGGAGCACAAGUUCUGGUGAAUAUUUGGGCUAUUGGGAGGGAUCCGAGCAUAUGGAACGAACCAGAUGUGUUUAACGCAGAGAGGUUUUUGGGGUCAGAAAUUGAUGUUAAAGGUCGACACUUUGAGCUCGCACCAUUUGGUGCUGGGCGACGAAUAUGUCCUGGCUUGCCCUUGGCCAUGAAGAUGCUGGUGCUCAUCUUGGGCUCGCUUAUUAACUCGUUUGACUGGGAGCUUGAAGAUGGCAUGACCCCUGAGGAUAAGGAUAUGGAAGAUAAAUUUGGCAUUGUCAUGGAAAAGGCUAAACCCCUGCGAGCUGUUCCUGUUAGAUUAAGCAAGUAG